UUCAUCCACACCUCCUUUGCAAUGCAGGGACCACGGACAAUUUUCUAUUAAUAUCGAAACCGAGACUAGUCUGCCGGUCGCUUGCUUGAUAAACACUUUGAUUACGUGGGAGCUAACACCUCAUUAGUGCCCUCUUCAACAUUAAUUUUCUUCCCUUGUUCGCCAAAGAAAGGGGCGAAUCAGCGAGGGGAUAGACUCGAGCGAAUUCCUCCACCAUACUGUUUUUCCAUGGAUCAUUCCAGCUGAGAAUUACGGAAAGAAAUAGCAUCCCGGGCAUCGCGCGAGUGUGAUGCGAGCAGCCUUCCCGGCGGCGCGUCGGCGAUGGAUUUACCGUGGCUGGACCUCCCCUUCACCUUCCUCACGCUGCUCCUGGCCACCCGCCUGGCGUACGACUACUACGGCGUCGUCGCCGCCACCUUCGCCGGCAGCUUCGCCCUCCAGAUCUUCCUCUUCUACUGCUUCGCGCGCUGGUACCGCCACACCAUGGGCGCCCGCGCCGAGCUUCUCCCGUCGACGUCGCAGCAGCACGACGAGGGGUCCCCGCCCGUCCUGACCCCUCUGCUGGAGACGUCGAGCGGAGCUGGCGCGGCCGCGGCCGCGGGGGCCCUGCUGGCCAACCGGUGCCUGGCCUUCGUGUUCAUGGUGUUCGUCCCGCUGAUCAUCGUCGUCUUCGAGCGGAGCCAGGCGGACGUCGUCGCCUACGCGCUCUGCCUCGCCAACAUAGUCGUCAUGGUCGUCUGGCUCUCGCCGGAGACGCCCGACUCGAUUUCGGCCACCAAGUCGUUCCUGGGGCUCAGCGACGACGAGGACGAGGAGAGCGGCGGCGGCGGCGGCCCCGCCGGCGCCGAGGACAAGUGCUGCGUCUGCCUCGCCGGCAUGCGGGAGGAGCAGGCCCUCCGGGACCUGCCGCGGUGCGGGCACCGGUUCCAUGAGAAGUGCAUCGGCAAGUGGCUCAAGACCGGGCACCCGACAUGCCCCGUGUGCCGGGCGCUGGUCUUGCCGCCGCCGGCCGUGCACGCGGACCCGCUCGAUGACUCUGUUAGCCCCGUCUAGCUCUGUUUCUCUCCUGCAUCCAGUCUAACAAUCAUUCCCAUAGAAAUUCAGACUCCUGUUCAAAAUCAGACGCUGGAAAUGGUGAAUUGUUCAGUAAUUUUCUACUCUUUCUUCUUGAUCAUGUGUAGGUGUCUGAACAAAUGUUCAACUGUAGCCUGUAAAUAAGGACUGUACAUUUUUCUUUUACUCUGAA